AUGGCUACGCCAUUGCAACGUCUGAGCAGCACGUACCUAGUCGAGCAGGCCGUGCUUGGUGAGCAGUCCAAAGUUGUUUGCCUGCGAUUCGGGCAAGACUUUUCGCCCGAGUGCAUGAAGAUGGACGAGGUGUUGUCAUCUGCGGCGCAGGCGGUGGAACCCGGUUGCAGCAUCUACGCCGUGGAUGUUCGUGAGGUGCCAGAGUGCAUCUCAGAGUUUCAGUUGACAUCGCCUGCCCAGCUGAUCUUCUUCUUCAGAGGGAAGCCUCUGGAGCUGGAUCUUGGAGCGGGUCCACAGAAAAAGGUGGAGUUUACGCUCAGUAGCCGGCAGGAGUUCCUGGACCUUGCUGAG